CCUCGUCUUUAUCUCCCUUCCUCCCACCCAUUUUGCGGGCUUCAGCCCCGCUAGAUCCCGUAAAUCUACCUUCCUCACGGAUUCAAGGAAAAACGGGAUUUAUGAUCCUGUAAGAUUUAAAAAUUUAUGAUUUUUUGCUGUUCGGCAGGAUUUAGGUUAAAGAACCUGGUUAUGGCGGCAAAUUCAUGGCACCAUCACGUAAGGGUUCUUUCCGGCACGCUUCUCGUCACGCUCCCUCUCCUCCUUGUCGGUUUUCUCUUCGCCGCCCACUCCUCCAACUUUUCCCCCCUCUCACUUUCUCGCAACCCCUCCUAUUUACCCGCCACGCGGCGACGAUCGAUAAUCUGGAGCGCCAGUCGACAGGUGGAAUGGCGACCAUGUGGCUGGUGGACUGCCAAUGCCUCCACCGCUCUUUCUGCUAGAAGCAAUGGUUACGUUAGAGUCGACUGUUACGGCGGCCUUAAUCAGAUGAGACGCGAUUUCUGUGAUGGAGUUGGGAUUGCUCGCCUGCUGAUGGUUCUGCCCAAGUUUGAGGUCGCAGCUUAUUGGAAUGAAUCAAGUGGCUUUGAGGAUAUUUUUGAUGUGGACUUCUUCAUCCAGCAAACCAAAGGAUUUGUAAAUGUCGUAAAGGAGGUUCCAUAUGAUGUUGCCUUAAGGGAACCAUUCAAAGUGGACUGCAGCAAGCGUAAAGGGAAUUUUGACUAUGUAGAAGCAGUUCUUCCUGCGCUUAAGGAACAUCGUUAUAUCUCCAUCACACCUGCUAUGAGCCAAAGAAGAGAUAGGUAUCCGCUCUAUGCCAAGGCUACCUUAUGCCAAUCCUGCUACAGAGCACUUCGCCUUAACAAAGCCUUGGAAGCUAAAUCCAUGGAGCUUUUCAACGCCAUUCCUAAACCUUUCCUCUCUCUUCAUCUCAGAUUCGAGCCGGACAUGGUUGCUUACAGCCAAUGCGAAUACUCCGCCUUAUCUCCCACCUCUUCCGCCGCCAUAAACUCCGCCAGAGGCGACCGAAAACCAUGGACCGGCGAAGCCGCCAUGAAAUGGCGUAACCGCGGAAAGUGCCCUCUAACACCGAAUGAAACCGCCUUCAUUCUUCGUUCUCUGUCAAUUCCCACAAACACAAACAUUUAUUUAGCAGCUGGUGAUGGUCUGAUGGAGAUCGAAGGCCUCACAAGAACUUACACUAAUGUCUAUUCCAAAUCAUAUUUUCUAACAGCUGAGGACUUUGGGAAGAUGCAUGGGAACACGAAAGCAGCGCUGGAUUACUAUGUUUCGAUAAACAGUGAUGAAUAUAUAGCCACUUAUUUUGGAAAUAUGGAUAAAAUGGUUUCGGCGGUGAGAGCUUUGAAUGGGAGGCACAGAACUUUGUUUCUGAGUAGAAGAGCUUUUGCCAAUUACAGGGAGAAGGGCUUGCAGGGAGAAGGGCUUGCAGGGGCUAUGUGGAGAGAACAUUUGGAUGAUUUUGUAACUGGGAGAGGUUUUGCUUUGCCUGAUUGCUUUUGUGAGGUUAAGCUGUAGCUCUCUCUGUCUCUCUCUCUCUUCUCAUCUCUGAGGAACAAAUUUUAAGCUUAUUGAAUUAAGAUAAAUUUACAUACAUACCCACAUUUAUUUUUUAUUCUUGUGUCUAACACGAGCACCUUGGUGUCAUAAAUGUUAUGCAUGAGAAUGUGUAUUUUCCUUACAGAAAAAUAGUGAUUGUGGUGUUUUUGAUGGGCUGUUAAAGAUUUGAUUGGUAUUCAUGUAA